AUUAUGUGAUAGGAUAUCUGGUGAUUGUAAUUUACAUUUGGACAAACAAGAUAUCUCUCUUUAUCGCGAGAGGAGAGGGGUUUAGUUAUGGCGUCUGCUAUUCCUCGAUGCCUUCUUCCAACUCCAACUCCUAAUCGACGAAAGGUGCAUGUUGUUAAAUCAAGUCACCAAAAUGAGAGCUCUGCCUCAGGACAUACAAAUCACUCCUCAAAGGAACUCCCAAUAACAGUUUCCAGGCGUCAUUGUCUCACUUGUUUAAGUUCAACUAUAGUUUUGAUUAAUGAUUAUGCCAGACCUAUUUUUGCACCAAAGGCAACAGCUGUUGAUGGGAUGGAAAGAUCUGGGUGCAGAAAUUGCGGGGGAAGUGGUUCUGUAAUAUGUGAUAUGUGUGGUGGUACAGGAAAAUGGAAAGCUCUAAACAGGAAGCGAGCAAAAGAUGUUUAUGAGUUUACAGAGUGUCCAAAUUGUUACGGUCGAGGAAAACUUGUAUGCCCUGUUUGUUUAGGAACUGGUUUGCCAAACAACAAAGGUCUACUGAGGAGGCCUGACGCACGGAAACUGCUUGAUAAGAUGUAUAAUGGGCGGUUACUUCCAAACUCUUAGAAGUUGUUCGUUUGAGUACAACUGAGGCUUCCUAAUGAUGCUUUUUGGCACAAUUGGAAUGUUCUCCACCUAGUUAACAAAGCCAGUGACUGCAUGGUUUGUUUCAUAUAUUUUUGGUCUGGAUGCAUUCCAAAACAACUCUAAUCAUUGGCUUGGUUAUCGCCUAAUGACUUUCAAGGUUCUGUAUGAACAAGGUUCAUUUAUCAAUGCUACAAUCGUCAUAUUCAUACAGACUGAAUUGACUUCCAAAAAUGCCAUUUUAUUGUAAACAUUGAGCAAAUACUUCCAGCAAGAGUAGCUAUUAAAGCUCCUAUUUAGUUGCCAAGUAAAUCUGUAAAUGUUCACACAACUCGUGUACAUCUAAGGGUUUUAAAUCCUGAUAGAUCUAUAAUUAAUAAGCCGAUUUGAGCUAUUUAUGAAAGUU